CGGGCUACGAUAUCUGAACUGAUCUGACAGCACUUCUGCGUCGCUCGACACCUUGUUGUUCUGCAUUAGGGUCUCGAAUUUUGGAUUGUGUUGCUAACGAAGGCCACCAUGAAUUCCGCACUCUCAGCCUGGACUCUCCUCCUGAUGUUGAUGUGCUUUUCAGCAGCACCGCUUCCGACAGGCUGCGAGGAGACUAAGCAAGACUUCAAAAAAUACAAGUUUUUGUACUACUCCUUCGAGAAACUUGGAAGUCACGGCAUGCAGCUCAGCCAGUCGGGAAAGGUCUUGGCGCGUCAGGGGCACGACGUGUUCUUCCUGGUCGGCAGCGACGGGCCGCGGGCGCCCAAGACAAACGACAACGAUCUCUUUUCCUUCAUCUUCUUCCAGUCUAACUACACGACGGAGGGCCGGCGCGACGUGUUCCGGGAACUGUCUCACUACUCCCUCUCGGGAGAGCUGAGUUCUGCGGCGGGGAUAGCCCGCUUGAUCUUGCGAACCCUCCGGACCGGUAAACCGUUAGUGAUCUAUCUGCUUAUUGACGAGUGUGACGCCUUGUUGAGGGAUGAGAAGACUAUGGCGAGACUCCGUCGUGAGCAGUUUGACAUGAUGGUCGCGGAUGACUUCUCACUUUGCAACGCGAUCGUGGCAGAGGCACUGGACAUCCCUUUCGUGCAGUUAGCUAACUGGUGUGCCAUGCCGGACAAGUACGGGCCCUUGUUCCGGGUCCCAACCGAUCCGUCUUACAUUCCGGCCCAUCAACUCGGAUUCACCGACCGAAUGACGCUGUCGCAGCGGGUAAUUAACUACAUUUUCCACUGGACAAGUGAAUACAUAUUUUCCGAUUUCCCCACGCGGUACCAGCAGCUUAAAGUGAAGUACAACAUUAAACCAGAAGUUCACAUCACCGAGUCCCUCAUGAAAGCUCGGCUGUGGGUGUUCAACAUGAACUAUCCGUUAGAAUUUCCCCGACCGAUGCAGCCGAAUACGCUCAUGUAUGCCUCUCUAAUUGGCGGGAAGAGAGAGAACUACACGCUCCGGGAUGAUGUUGCCAAGUUCGUUGACGAAGCUCUGGCCGGAUUCGUCAUAUUUUCCCUCGGUUCCCAUGUCGAGGCGAUGGAGGUCGAACAGGCGCAAAUGUUUGCCGACGGCUUCGCUCUGCUGCCCCAGAAGGUCCUCUGGCAAUCCAACAUCAACUUCACCGGUCUCAACCUCGGCGAGAACACCAAAAUGGUCAACUGGAUCCCCCUCUUGCAGCUCUUGUCACACAAGAACGCCAAAGCGUUUGUGACUCAGUGUGGGAUCAACAGCGUGCAGGAAGCGUUAUGGGCCGGACUCCCGAUCGUCAGCAUACCGCUUCUACAUGACAUGUUUGACAACAACGACCGCGCCGUGGCCCGAGGUUUCGCCCUCUCUCUCGGCGACAUUACCAGCGUGACAUCGGACAGGUUACGGGACGCCGUCGUGGAGGUAGUUAAUAAUCCAAAGUACCGCAAGAACGCACAGCAUUACUCCGCGAUUCUUCGAGAUCUGGUGAGAAUGAACCCUCCAGCGGAGACCAUCGCGAACUGGAUCCUUCACGUGACCAAGUUCGGCGGGAACCACCUCCGCCCGGCCGUGUUUGACCUGAACUUCGUCCAGCGUAACCUCAUCGAUGUUUAUCUGAUCUUGCUGCUGGUUUUCGCUGUCAUUUGUGGCGCAAACGUGUUACUCUGGUACACGUGUUGCAGUCGGAGACGUGGGGGACGUCGCCCCAAAAGAGAUUAACCAUCCGCUUGGUGCUGUCUAAUCUUCUUCCCAUACCAAAAACUUCUAUUUGGAGAAAAUCUGUCACGUGACCAGUUCCGGUAGAGAAAAAUUCGUGUUCACCUAAAUGAAUUUUGUUAAUUGAAACAACGCUUUUCAACCAAUUUGUAAUUUUUAUUUUUUUUGUUAGAAUUUAAUGCCCACAACCACCCCCCCAAAAAAGAAAGGAUUUCCAGAUUCCCCUUUACUUCCGCUAUAAAAAACCGCUUGUACUCCAAAUGAUUUUUGAAGAAGCACUCAUUAAACGCAGUACCUUUUCUAGAAUAAGCUGUAUUAAGCUACUUGGCCUGUAAUCAGUAUGAACUAAAAAAAUAAAAUCUUUCGCUCAGUAACAGCAA